GGUCGUCGCUAUGCCAUGGAAGAAUCAGUGAAGGUGAAAGACCGGUCUCCCGAAGUAACACAAUUUCAGUUUGCCCUGAUGGAUCAUCUAGAAAUUAAAAAGAAAGAGUUAGUGGCCUCUUCUCAACCUGAAGUACUGUCGAGUGAUAUUGUUGCGUCGGCUCACAUCGAGGAAUAUGCUUUGAAGUUAUUUGGGUAUGCCGACACUGAAGAUAGAAAAGCAGUCUUCAAUAAGCGUGUUGUAAAAUCCUUCCAUACAGCAAGCGUUCUUUUUGAUGUUAUGCAGUCGUUUGGACCGUUAACUGAAGAGAUUGCACAGGCUAGAAAAUAUGCAAAGUGGAAGGUAGUUUACAUUCAUGGAUGUCUAAAGAAAGGAGAGACUCCGAUCCCUGGACCAGCAGGAGGACAAGAAGCAGAAGGAGCAGAAGGAGGUGCAUUCUUCCCUCCUCCAAGUCUCCAACCAGGCCCUCCAGCUCCAGCCCCACAGCAGCCAGGCUACCCACCGGGUCCUCCAGCCCCACAGCAGCCAGGCUACCCACCAGCAGGGGCAUAUCCACCUGGAGCUUACCCUCCACCUACCGGUGGUGCCGCUGCUGCUUACCCUCCAGCCCAACCACCAUCAGUCAACCAGCUACCACCAGGGGUACCCCCAGGUCAACACGCACCCCCAUCAACCCCAGACCAGGGGGGUGGAUACCAGGCUGGCAUGCCAGGACCAAGUGCAAGUACAUCAGAUGCAUGUGAGGUGUCACCUGCAGUCUCGGAUAAGGCCCAGAAAUUCUGUAAAUUUGCCGUCAGUGCCCUCCAGUACGACGACGUUAUCACAGCAAUAGAGAACUUGGAAAAGGCAUUGAGAUUACUUCAGACUGGUAAAGAAUAAGAGAUGGACGUGUACAUGGCAUUCUAUGAAGCAUUGAAUUUGUUGUGAAUGGAUCAACUCUUGUAGGAGUAGGAUAUAAAUUGCGACAUAACUAAGGAUCAUUCACAUAUGAUGAAACAGGCAGCUCCUUUGUGUACUGCAAAAAUGGCAUAUUGGAAAGAAGAUCACAUAGUUGCCAUUGUAAUAGUUUUGAUUAAUCCUUACUACCAGAAUGUUAUUUAUUACCUCUUCAAUUAUAAACACAGAAGGUAGGUCGUCUUAACAAUCAUUGUGGCUUGUAAAUUAGCAGCUAGCAAUAUUAUGUAAUGUAUGAAUUUAGCCCAUUAACAUGAAUUAUUUCCCUCGGGGACCCUCACUCACUGGUUUCCCAAUAGGGAAAUGAUUAAUUUCAAUAUGUCAAGUUCAUACAGCAGUAGAAAACAUAAAAAGGGCAUUUAGAUCAUUCUUUGAACUGGUAAAGAAUAGGUGAAUUUGAAAUUACUUUUCAUUUUAUGAAGCAUCAGAUUUGUUGUGAUGGUGGGGGGGGGGGGGGUGAGGAGACUUGAAUAUGAAGCAUCAUAUUGUUGGGUGCCGAUAAAACUUUUACAUUUAUGUGGAUAGCUCAGCUAAAUCUCUAUGUGAUAUUUCCCUAUUGGAAAUAGGAUAAUCUUUUUAGAAAUAUGAAGUUGCCACCAUUGAUUGCCAUAGAUCUAAAAUACAGCUUUUUCUGAGCUGUUUCCUUAAAUUGAGAAAUGAGACAUUAAACAUCCAUUCAACCAGUUUGAUUACUCAAAUUAUAGUUGAAAUUGUAGAUGAAUAUCAUUAGUUAGCUUUGUGCAAGGCUUUCAUUCCGUAUGACAUCUCUUGGGAGGAAAUUCAUGAUGUUAGAGUGGUAGUCAUGUCUCUCAGCAAUUCCCUUCACCAAAUUUAUAAUAAUAACAAUUGCAAUAAUAGCCCCAUCUAUCUAACAAUAAUGAAAAAUAAUCUAUUCCGAGGCGCUUUAUAUGGGUUGACACAAAGAAGUCAGUGUGUGAUGAUGUGUAAUAAAAAGUUCCUUGCUAUCAUCAAGAAAAUUGGUUAGCAAGGUUCUUGGAAUCUUUGUCCUUCCUAGUCCAGGGGAAGCAUUUCAUGAAACAGUCUGUAUUAAUUUCAAGCUACUGAAAUACCUGCAUCUGAUUGGCUCAGAGCAAAUUUGUCUGUGAAACAAGACAUUACUUUAGAAACACACUCCCUGAUUUAAAUGUUUUAAAGUGAUUACAUUGUUACCAAAGCUGAAUGGCUUAAAAGUGCAAUUUUUCAUCUGUUGCAUUUUAGGCAUUGUAUGUUAGUACCGGUAGUACAAUAUUUCUCUCUUAUAAAAGAUACAGUAGAUGCACCAGUUGUGUACUUUAUUUUUUUGUUGAAUGAUAUAUCUGAGGUUUAGAACUGGAUUAUUAUGCCUUUUAUUGAUAUUAAUCGGGUAAAAGAAAUUAGCUAGAAAAAUUGAAUUGUAAGCUUAAGUUGAUUUGAACAAGACGCAUAAAACCUGUUGCCUUUUACGUUAUUUAUGCAAUAUGGAUUCUUGCAGCUUCCACUCAAAUGAAGUAUAUUUAUACAAUGUUUGGUUAUACUCUGGGCCCCAUUUCAUAAAAAGUUGCUAUGAUAGCUACAUGUACUCUUGCUGGAAUGUCAACUUUCAUUUGGGAGAGCCAAUCAGGAAGCAGAAUUUUCACUGUUGUCAUGGUAGUUGACAUUCCAGCAAGAUUUGCUAUCAGGGGGGGUGUUAGAGUCGCACUUAAAUGCCUAGUUGCGUGCAUUAUAAAAAGCUUUAUUGCAUUGGUCAGAUCAUGCCAAGAGGACGCGCACUAUGGCGUAUUAAUGAGAAUCUGCGUUGCAUAUCAUGUACGCGCUGACAUUUAUAUGUGACUCCUAAGUCAUAUAUAAACCUUUGUGUGAAACACCCCUCAGAUUAAUUCUUUUAUGAAAUGGGGCUCAAGAGUUGAAAUACCAUAAUUUGGGUAUAUGUAGAUUUAAAAUUUCUCAAUUGGAUUUUAGUCACAUAGGCCAAAGUUUGAGAUGACUUGGGUGAGUUCAAUUUACAAUAGAAAUUCAAUAUAUUGUAUGAAUGCAUGUUUCAUGGUAUAUUUGACAUUGUGCAUAAUAACUUAUAAAAUAGUACUUUCUUGUUCUUUGAGUGAAAUGUCCAGGCCAAAAUGCAGUAAUGAUUCAAUGCACUGGUAACAGCAUAGUAUAAGUCCUUUUAUCAUUUUGCUACUUAGGUCAUGAUUAUGGCUGUAGUCUUGUUAUGUACCAUUAGAUAAAAAUCUAAAAAAUGUCGAUCUGACUUCAUAUUGUAACAUAUUACAUAUCUAUAUAAAGAAUUGUUUUUUAUUUGUCUAUUUAUGUACUAUGAUAUUUUGUAGAAUCAUAUGAUGAUACAUUGAAAGAAAAUAUUUUUGUUGUUAAGCUUUUCUAUUUGACAGGCAGAAUGGAUUUUGUUUCAAUAUUUUUUUUUAUACAUGUGUAUUGCGAGUAAAAAAACAUGAUUGGAAAUAAUUUUGCCAACUUCCUUCAUUAAUAUUUACUAAAUUCUGUGUAAUACUGUGCAUCAUGUGACCAUAAUUCACAAAAGAAGUUGUUGGGUACAAACCAUGAACUAUACAGAUUUCAAGUACUUAAUUGAGCUUAUUUCAUCCAAUGGAAAAUGUGCCUUUUCAGCAAAGAAAUGGCACUAUUAAAAUACAUGUUCGAACGAAAUGCGAUUCUGCAAGAAACCUGCAUAGUCCAUGGUUUUAUAUCUCCUGGUGGGUGUGUCAUAAAGCUGUUCGUAAGUUAAGAGCGACUUUAAGAACGGCUGAUGACCCUUUCUUAUGGCGAAUGGUAUAUUCAUUAGCAAUGGUUUUGCGCGUAAGAAAGGAUCACCAGUCGUUCUUAAAGUCGGUCUUAACUUUUACGAACAGCUUUAUGAAAUGGCCCCCUGGUAUGGUAAGGUCCCCCAAGUCUGCAAAGUGCCCGUUGUCUGCGCAUACACAAUUCUAAAAAGAAGAUACGCAAUGACCACAAACUUUACACCUGCAAUACAUAGAUAUUUAGCAAAAAGUCUGACUCAAAAUGGAAAAUAUUCAAUUUCAGGCAUUUCGUGUAAUGUCCUCAAGAUGCAGCCUUUCUCAUCAAAAUCCCUGAAUCGUGUGUAAAGUGAAUAGGUGCGCAGACAUAUGGCACCAGUGAAUGCUGCGAUAGGAUAUGAACCACGGACCUUGUGGUCCAAAGUCCAGAGACUAUGCCAUAACCCUUUUGUUACUUACCUUUGGCUUAAUGCAGGAGGUUAAUACCUUGUAUCAGAGUUACCUGUUCACAUUAUUCUUCAAAUGUUACCUGUUACCUAUUCUCCACAUGACUAGUGGCACAUAAGGCCUCCACUGAACGUCUCCACCUUUGCCUAUCAGAGGCCACAGCUCUGGCUUCUGUCCACGUCCUCCAUCCAGCCAAGUUGUUUUGGGAAUGCCCCUUUUCCCUUCUGGUGCCCAGGUCAAUGCUGUGUUGCAGAUGCUUGCAGGUUCCCCCCUUAGUGUGUGCCCAAUAAAUUUCCAUCUUCUCCUCAUUAUUGUCGUGCUCAGUUUCUCCAUUUAGGUCUUGUCUAAGAGCUCUUCAUGUGAUUCUCCAAAUCACUGACUAUUUUAGUUCUCCUUCAGAUUAUCAAUAUUAGAGUGAUAAUUGUUAUUAGAUAUAUCUUGAAAUAGUUGAUUUGAUAUAGACUUGUAGAUUCUUGUACCAUACAUGUAAGAGUAGGAGGCCAGAAGUUCAGUAACAUUUUGGGAACCUUUGACCGCAGAUGUAAUCCACAGUUUAACAUAUCACAUCUUUGUGAAAACGGGGCCAUGAACUGAUGAAACCAUGUCAUCAUUGUCAUUUCAUGAAAUGUUUGAAAAUAUAUCUUAUGAGAUGAGAACUGUACACAUGUAUGUAAAUAAAAUAUGAAGCAAUUUUCCUUGAA